AGUCUUAUGCAGUCGGUAGUCCGGACUACCCGACCGUCAGCGGAUUCGUUUUCUCUCUCCAACUUCUUUCUUGCCCUCUCUUUUCUACCUUCGUCGUUCUCUCUCCUUCUCUGCCUCUCUCUCUCGCUCUUCUCUUCUCCACCUCCAUCUCCGGAGAGAUCCGCGACGGUACAAUCACCACCACCACCACCACCAUCAGCAUCAGCACCAUCAUCAGCGCGCUGCCACCACCUUCUUUUCCUCCUCCUUCUUCCGUUUCUCUGCGAUCCUUCUCCGCGAUCCACGCUCUUCCUUAAUUCAGUCCAAUGAGAACCGCUCUUCGAUUCGUCAUACCCGCCGACGAAUCUCUCUUUAUACAUCUCCGUUUCUAUUUCCUCUCUCCUUCUCUCUCCCACCUUCUCGCGGAAUAAACAACCGCCAAUUUUGAAAAAGACAAAAAAAAAAAAAAAAAAAAAAUCAGCGACACGCAUCGAUCUUCAAGCUCCUCCAGAUGUGUCGUAAUAAUUGACGUAACAAUAAGAAUCCGGGGAAACGGAAACGCUCUGCCGCCGCGGUGCACAUCCACCGGAUGGGAGAGACACGGCCGAGGUGCGGCAGGAAGAGGAUCCUCGCGGAAGACGGAGGACGCCGCGAGUUUGUUUUGACGACGGGUCACCGUGUAUUAUACGCGCCACCGCGAGAGAGGCGAGAGAGUCGGUGUGUCGUAAACACACUUCUUCGCGUCUGUGUGGUAGUAUAUAGUGCCGCGCGAUUCCCGCGAGAACAUUCAUCGAAACGCAUGAUCGGAUACGCGUUGGAGAACGCGUUGGAGAACGCGCGAAUACCGAUCGAUCGCUCGCUUCUGUCGCGAGGCUGAGAGGAUUGUUCCUUCGUCCUUUUCCCCCUUUUUUGGGGUCCGAGACUCGGGAUUUUCCGCGAGUUUGGUGCGACAGGUUGGAUCCUUGUGUUGGAUUCGGUGAUCAACGAACGCGCUCCGUGUUGUAAUCGCGAUACCUGUCAAAAGUGACCUGUCAAAAGUGACCUGGCUGUCGAGGGACCUACGUCUUUGGGAUAUCGCGAGGGCAAUCCGGCUCAUCUCCCGUAGGAUGGAAGGAAGGAUUUCGCCUCUUGCCGAAGAAACAUGUCCCGCGGCGGUCGUCGCAACACGCGAACCGGUUGCGCGCUCUUAAAAUAGUUUCUCACGCGCGUAGGUAACUGGCGCGCACAACCCGCCGUUGGAACACGAGAGAGAGAACGUCGUCGUAGUAGUGCCAGGAUGACAAGCUGGGUUAUAUUAUCCGUCGCAGCCACCGUCGGGAUUUUGCUGCUGACGAUCACGACAAAACGCACAGAAGCAUGCAACGAGGCGAUCUGCGCCAGCGUUGUGAGCAAAUGCAUGCUCACGCAGAGUUGUAAGUGCGACCUGGUCACAUGCACCUGUUGCAAGGAAUGUUUUUCGUGCUUGAGCUACCUGUAUGACGAGUGCUGCUCGUGCGUGGAAUUAUGCCCGAAGCCGAACAUCACUGACAACCCGUUGAGUAGGAAAUCUCACGUAGAGGAAUUCACCGAUCCAGUGCCAGCACUUUUUGGAGCGCUCACGGCAGACUUGGAUCCGCUCGAACGAUGGCUUACCUUCACAUAUCCAGUUGAUUUUGAUAUGUCAUUACUCACGCCGAAAUCCGAGAACGAAAUGAAAUAUCAAUUGCAAUCCGCAGACGGAAAGCUGAGUCCGCUGAAGCCAAACGUGAUGACAGUGAAUUGCACCGUCGCGUUUAUGGCGCAGUGCAACUCCUGGAACAAAUGUCGGGCGUCCUGCAAGAGCAUGGGCGCCUCGAGCUACAGGUGGUUCCACGACGGUUGCUGCGAAUGCAUAGGCAAUACGUGCAUAAACUACGGGAUCAACGAGUCAAGAUGCAUGGAUUGUCCGCUGGAGAAGGAAGGCGAAGGAGACGACCAAUACAACGAUUACGGUCAGGACGAGGAAGGCGAGGACGCAAUGGAUUAGCCAAUUGUAAAAAAAUUGUAUUUUUUUACACCUUCGCGAUGAACAGAUCAGUGAUUGAACGACACUCCACGACAAUAUAGUGAUUGUUGUGUAACAUUGCGAAGUUGGCUUUCAUGGAAUCUGUUUCGUGCAAAAGUGGAUUUUUUCUCGAUAUACAAUUUAAGCGGGGUCUACAAGAGAAAGAAUUUAAGACAUAAAAACUUAAAAGAGGAAGAACUUCUCACACUAUUUAAUGAGAAUAAUCGUAUAUCGGUUUCUUACUUCUUUAAAUUUCUCUGUAGACACCGUUUUUUUUAUUUUUCAGAAACAACAACUGUCCAACGUUAAAGCGACUUUUCGAUGACAAUAGAGUAUAAAGAGUAAAUAUAGUCUUUCAUUUUUUUCUGCAGAAGUCGAGUAGCGUUAGAUUAUGUUACAACGUCGAGAAUUUUUGAUGUCGUAUUUCGCGUGCCAUAAAAGUAAAAUUGUACAUAUACAUCAAAAUUCUCUAGUAAAUCUACAAUUAAGAUUUAUACUUUUUAUCGAAUUUAUGAUUUUUUAAUUUGAUUGAAAAUGUUACCCUGAAGUCUUUUAGUUUUUGCGAAAUAAAUUUUGAUUGUGAUAAAACUCGCAAGUAUAAAUCUAAUUUUAGAAUGUUGGACUUUUUUUUCCUUCGAAAAGAGAAUUUUAAUGAACUUUAUCGCGAUAUAAUUUAAUUAAGAGUCUGCGCCGAUUGUGCCGAUGACGUAGAAGUGCAAUAAUGCUUCGUGUUGUCAAGAAGUACGAACACAACCAGACACGAUUCGGACGACUGUACAAGUUGUAGAACGAAUAUCUGGUUUCUGUAUAUGAUUAAAUACAAUAUAGUAUAAUAAUUAUAUAUGUAAAUGUAGUCCCUCGUUUUUUUUUCAAGAAUGCACUCGAGUAACAUCAGAAUAGAUUACAACGACGAGAAUUUUUAUUAUCGCAUUCGUGCCAUAAGUAAAAUUGUACAUACAUCGAAUCUCAUCUCGGUCGGAACAUCGAGAUAUCACAUUACAUAUUCAAGACCCUCCUCAAAAUUCUUCCGGAUAAGGAAAUCAUGAAUUACACAUUUACCGUUACCGUGAUAAUUUCCGAAACGUGCGAUAGAAUUACACCAAGUAAGUUUGCAGCGACAAUUUUAAAGGAAUCACGAGAAUUAUUGACAAAUCAUAAUCAUAUGUUGUAUUUAUAAAAAUAUUUUUAAGCUAAGAUUAUUAAAAAAAAAUAGGAUAAGGCACGUAAAGCGCGCGAAGAUAUAUCGAUAUUAAAAAAGAAAGUUUAAAAUAAAAAUUUUUAGAGAUACAGA